AUGACGAAAGAAUUCGCCAACGACACCGACCCCACAGCCCCAGUUAUCGAACGUCAUAACCCUUCUUCAAUGAUAAGCUAUAAGGUCGGAGAGCUUGUCAUUGCUUUCACUGUCAUCGCAUCCACCUGUUUCUUGAUCUUAAUCAUAUACAUCUUUUAUAAACUAUGCUUCCGGAAACUUAAGCUGUGGGCCUCAAGGUCAAAUUCGAGGCUAGAUUUGUGGACUUAUGAUAGGGAGGCCGUACAGAGAUGGCGAGAUGAAAUCCAAUCGAACCAACCAUAUCCGCUUGCCAUUGGCAGAGAUCUCGUGAAUUUGCAAACAAGCAGCCACUUCCGCCCAGCCUCUUUCCGUACAAAUGAAGACGUUCGCACCAGCAGUCGAUUAUCUAGAGUUUCUAAUGUUCUGCGAGAAGGAAGAUGGAACAGGAGACCGAGCUCCGCGCGGACCAGCUCCCACAUUUAUUCCGUUCAAAAUGAGGAUCUUCCAAUGCCUUAUGUAGGGCAUAUCCCGGCGUCGACUCGUCUGAAUGCAAGUGUCGGACAAUGUCCUUCAAAAGACCUCUAUGGUCCAUAUCACCAACCCCGCUUUUGCAUGGAUCACAAAAAUCAUCGCUGGAACAAUGACUAUCGUGAUUGGGAAGAAGAAGUUCCGCUAGGGGUCGAUAAUCCAUUAUUUGAUGAAUAUGAUGAAACUCCGAGAAAACUGUUAACACCAAUCGAACGCAGCCAAAUUCUUGAAGUGGAUGGAAAAUUGAUUGUGUACAUCACACGCGAAGUAGAUUCCAAAGGCGCCAUUUUGAUUUUGGACAAUAUGGGAAUAUCUUUAUCAGUUCCAGCUGGUGCUGUCGCCGAUCAUCAGAAACAACUGAUAAUUCUAGCUUUAAAUUGGGAUCUUUCAGAUAAUCCGUUCAUGGAAAACCGCCAGGCUCUAGUUAGUCCAGUAGUUUAUUGUGGACCACAUGGAGUUAAGCUAAGAUCCCCUGCAUUACUGAGGUAUAAACAUUGUGCGUUCGAUUCUCGAGAUAUUCAGAUUAUGGAGAGUGAAACUGAGCUGACCGGUAAUAAACAAUGGGAGGUGUAUUGUCAAGCGGUUGAAGACGAACGAAAAUGUAAAGUGACUCAAGACGAGUGCCAAAUUUUAAUCGACCAUUUCACUCUGUUCACAUCCAUACAGACACCUCAAAAUGGCGACGGUCACAAAUGGCUUCAAAUCGCCGUGUUUUCUUCACCUCUGAAGCCAGGGAUCGAACAUUAUUCUCUACGAGUGUAUUUUCUUAACAAGACGCCUUGUGCUCUUCAAUGGGCGAAACACAACGAGGCUCAGUUCGAAGGGGAAUUGGUUUGCCCUGAAAAAGUCUUCCUACUGAAAGGCAACAGGGAAGACGCCAUAUUGGAACUUCUGUAUCUAUCUCAUGAUUGGGAAAGCGUAAACCAAACACAAAACGAACACGUCAAAUUUCAAAAGAUUUGGCAUGGAAUGUGUCCACGUGCUGAAUUCUGUUUCCAUAGAGAUUUGGCAGGGAAUGUUCCGAAAGAAAUAAACCUAAAUUUUGCAGUGUUUCAAAAAUCGGGUGAAAACGAGGCUGAUAAGAUAGUGAUUCAAAUGGCGGAGACGACAGGAAAAAGAUUUACUCCAUUGUGUCAAACAAAUCAAAAUGGCUUCCAAGAGGUCAAAGUUCGCGUAAUUCGUCCUAGUUCGGGAAAGAUGAACCGGCGUCCUGAAUCGGGAAACAGUGACCAAAUGUCCGUGACUGUCCGACGAGGGGGACAACCGGUAGAUGGGAGUAACGUAAUGGACGUGGAGAUUAACCCCGGACAGCUGUGCGUGGAAGAAUACCUUAAUUCAUCCUUACGCCUAGAAGAUGUACGUCCACACAUCAAAACAAAAAUUCCAUUGGAAACCAAACGACAAUUAGUUUUACUUUUGGCGCCAAUUAAACAAAUUGGCAGUGAUUGGCGCGAUUUCGCUGCUGCUUUGGGUUUCGAUUGCAUUCCAUUUUUACAAACUUUAUCGUGUCCAACAACAGCGCUUUUGGAGUUUUUUGAAACCCAACCGGCCUCAUUGAUGGUACUUCAUGAUAUUUUCUUGAAGAUCGAUCGAAAAGACGCCGCAUCUGUCAUUGCAGGUAUAAUUGGAACGGUGCCAAAGAGAAUGUGUGAACAUUCAGAGUCAGAUUCUGACAUUAAUUAUUAA